AUGGAAGGGAAGACUGGAUCCGAUCCCAUUUCUCUUUUGAGUCUGCCGCCUGAAAUCCAAACCAAAAUCUGUUCAUGCCUGGCUCAAUCAUUUGAGCAAUCAACCAUUAAUGCAGUGCUCCGGACCUGCAAACACCUCUAUGAGAUCGCACUUCCGCUUUCCGUGAGCUUUUUCCGGAAUGCAACCUCCCGUCUUGAUGACAGCGGUGCCUGUUCCCGGGCCCGUAAUGUACAGUUCUUACGGUAUAUCCUCAUUCGCAAACCUGAGCUCUCUAAAUACGUGGAAACUGUUAUCUUCGGCAGCUUUUCGUCGGACAACCCACGGAUCGAGCACCCCAAGGAUAUAGCACACCUGAAGGACACCCAAAGUACCAAAGCGGAGGUUGACGUCUUUCGGGAGACGAUACAAAAGAAGCUGGGACACUUCGGCCUUGACAGGUUUCCUUGGUAUUCUCCAUGGGUGAGAGAAUGGUUAGAUGGUCUUGCACAGGGCAACACUGAUGCUCAGAUCACUCUUAUUCUACUUGUUUGUCCCAACAUCCGGGCACUGUUGUUCGAGCGGCCCAAAGGAGCUCAGACUUUCGUUCGAUUCCUAUUUGUGGUUGGCCUUUUAUCGAAUGCGAUACCUGGAGGGCAUUACCCUGAGAUGCCCAGCGGUGUUCCGCUUUUGAACGUCCAAGACGUGUAUCAUGAGGCAAAUGACGUAGACAUUCGCUACAAUGAUUUUGCCGGGCAUGCACAGCCUAUCUUUUUCCUACCUCGCCUUCGAUUCUACGAGUGCAAUCUUGCUUUUGGAGGUGACGGAGACCCCCAAGGAUUAACGCUCUUGAAACCGAGGUCUUCUCCAAUAGAGGAGAUUGUUCUGCGCGCCAGCGCCGUGAGUGGACCGAUUAUAUUGGUGAUGCUGAAGGCCUGCAACGCUCUCAAGAAACUGGAGUACACGCAGCUCUGCACAACGACGGCUUACAGGGGCGUAAACCCCCGGCAACUUGCAGAGGCUCUACUGCUUCAUACCGAUACGCUUGAGGAUCUCUUCGUCAAUUUUGAGGACCUUCGGGACAAACGAUGGGAAUGGGAAGACCACACCGAUACGCUGUAUAUGGGAACAAGCUUCUCUCAGCUGCAUUCUCUUAAGAGACUUACGAUCAGCAUGCAGUCUAUUACCGGAAUACUCGCCGGUCCUCCUGAAAAUUUCACCAGUUCACGUCAGAUGCCACUCCAAAUUGAAGAGGCGCCCAGUCUUGUCAACUGCCUCCCCGAAAGCCUAGAAUACUUGAAGAUCGUGGCGUGUGGAGAGGAGAUCCAGGAAAAGGCAGCAGAGUUGCUAAGGACCGUUGAAAAGCGACAACGCUUUACAAAGCUAACCUACAUUGGCUUCUUUUUUAACCGUUGGCUAAUGAAGCCGGAAAUUGAUUUGCGCUGUGACAUGCCGAAUGUGCAGCUGGACAUUCGCUAUCAGACUCGAGAAGAGUACGUUUAUGAUUUGGCGCGACCGAUUGCGAAAUCAGGACUUGGCGGUGUGCGCAACCAAAUAUCUCGUAUUUACGGCGCAGAUGCUAGACAAAAGUAUCUGAUGCGUCGUGGGCUGUAG